AUGGCAGGUUCGACCCAACCUAACACCGCCUCGGCCUCGGCCUCGGCCUCCCAACCUAGCGCAAAGGUCCAAGCCAACAUCAAGAUCUUCGAGCACCUCGACGGUCGCCUCGCACAAGUCCGCACGAUUGCUGCCAUGCAAGUCGGCCCGCGCGCCCAAGCAGCAGAGAAGCAGAUGCUGGAGGUCGACAACAAGAUGAAACUGGCCAAGGAAGCCUGCGCCCGCGCGGGAAAGAUCCCCGGAGACCAGAGCAACCCACAGGGGUUGUCGCAUGCUCAGCUGGAGCAGGCGUCCGCCUCAGCCUGUAUGCUCCGAACAAACAGCCCUCGAUCCUCAAUGCAAGUCCGACCAAAGACCAUUCUGAUCUUCGAGCUCCCUGCGCAGACUAGCGACGAUCGAAAGGAUGCCACUGCCGAGACGAGCAAAGGGCAAUUCGAGUCUGUAGGGGCGCAUCUUGCAGCGAUUCAGCAGAGCGUCAUCGACGACAUACGAGAGCCCAAUGAGCUCUCACAAGCAUUGCAGAGACAUUUUCACAAGACCAUCAAGAGCCUGAAGGUCGCCAAAGAUGACUGCAACUCCAUGGGUCUAGCUGCCAGAGCCGAGACACUUGCUCAGCUGGACGAGCUGCAGAAGCAGGGAGCCCAAGCUGCCGAGAGUCGGGACACCCUCCGCGAGAAUUUGACGCUGCUGGGAACCCUCAUGAAGGACUUCGACAAUGCUGGUGGUCGGGGAGUACAUUCUGCGGACACGCAUACAGACAAUCUCGACAUUCAAUGCUGA